UAACAUUUUGGUAUAAAAGACCAAUUGGAUUAAUCUUCUGGUCAGUUUGUCUGUUGAAAUAUAUACACCCAAAUAGAGUGAAAUGAUCAAAAUAGGCCUUCUGUUAAUCUUGGCUACGAUGGCCAUGGGAAGGACUCUGAACAAUUCCGAACUCCGUGACUUUGUCGAGGGUGUAGAGAAGUUAAAACACGGUGAAGGAGUCACAGAAGACGGUGGAAAUCGGAUUGUGGGAGGAAAUACAGCAGCCAUUGGACAAUUUCCUUAUCAAGCGUCCAUUAGGACGACAGGCAACGCUCACUUUUGCGGAGGAUUCAUAGCAAACAGUCGCUGGGUGGUUUCUGCUGCACACUGUACGAUCACCAGCACUCCUGGAAACACAAUUGUAGUUUUGGGAGCGCACUCCAGAUUUACGGGAGGAACCACCUUUACCCUGAGCGCAGUUAUCAAUCAUCCUGAAUUCGACGAUUUCUCGCUGGAAUUCGACGUUUCAGUCCUUCAAACUGUAGCUUCAAUUGCAUUCAACAACCUCAUUCAACCCAUUGCUCUUGGUUCAGAGCACAUCGGAGGAGGAAUCACUGCCGUAGUGUCCGGAUGGGGAAUGACUUCCUCACCUGGAGACCUUGCAGCUGAGCUACAAUUCGUCCAAGUUCAGACGUGGACAAAUGCUGCAUGUAGGAACAUUCUGGGCAGCGACAGAGAAUGGUGGGUUUUCGACCACAAGAUUUGCGCUGGAGGCGUUCAGGGACAAGGUGUUUGCCCUGGUGACUCUGGAGGACCACUGACUAUUGGCAACUACGCCAUCGGAAUUGUUUGUUGGGCUAUUCCUUGCGCUACUGGUUAUCCUGACGGAUACGACAGAGUCUCUUCUCAUCGUACCUGGAUUCAGCAGCACAUCGAAUGA